AGGGCUGCCCAGGAAAAUCUGGCGACGGAAUGGGCUGCUGUUUGAGUCAGCAAGAUUGUGUCUCAAAAGGAGGCAUGGCAUCCGGUAACUGUGCUGCAGGAUUCGGCGUUUGUUGCGUCAUUGUCGUUACAGGAUGUAGCGGGACGGUGGCGAAUAAUUGCACUUAUGUCCGGAAUGACGGAUUUCCUGGUUCGGACUCAAAGAAUGGCAGAACUUGUACGGUGGCAAUCAAUAGGAUCGCAGACGCCAUCAAAAAUCUUCCAUUCGUGGUGGGUGUGCGGACUUUGCCCAGUGCUGGAGAUUCUCAGGCGGAUUUGGGUGGAUUCAGCCUGGAUUAUCGACAACAACCAUGCUAAGAAGAUUCUCAAAUGAAACCGGAAACUAACUUCUCAAUAUUCAAGUUCAUCAAUUGUUCGUUAUGUCAAGUGCUUUAUUGAUUCUAUGAAUUAAAAACCAUUUUAGGUA